AUGGUCAGAGCUCUUCGACACCAGUUCCAGCACGGCUUCAACCGUCGUACUUUUCAGCACUUGCGGCCGGUCCAAAAUCCUGCACAUACCGUGAACAGUUCCCUCUUUUGUCUCCACACGCUGGAUCCAUCCGCGCAUCAAGUCAUUCCAACCACUAGUCCUCAACGACUUCGAAAGCCGUCUUCAUCGUCUGCCUCUCGUACGCGGCUGCCACGCAGUUCGUCGCUGCUACCGCCACCAGGGGCUGUUGCGGUAGCAGCAACGACAUCAGACGCCCUCACACCAGUCUACUCCCCCAGUGAAGCCCCUCUCUUCAGUACCGAAUUCAGCAAACGCACCAUUGUUCUGCCGGAUACGCCUCCCAACGAGCUCGAAACUGAUAGUGGCCCUUUAUGCGAUACAGGCGCCUCCAGAACCGACCUGCCGGAGCUGCCAGCGCUAUCGUUUUCUCCAGCUCUAUCUUUGGGUUCACCAAGUAGAAAUUUCAAGGCACGACCCUGCAGCUUGGAGGUUCUUCCUGGAGGCGACGCCAGUGAUACGGACGCUUCAGCCGCUUCUCCGGGAAAGACCGAGUCUGCAGGCUCCUCGGACCAGGAACCAAAGAUGACUCACGAACCAGUGCGGGAGCCGUACUCCCCGAAUCGUAGCCGCUCAAAAAGCCGAAAUGGAAAAAGCAGCGCCGACCUGACCAAGCCUCGCACUGGGAAGCCUCCGUCCCAAAAGGCAAUGCUGUCGCAGGCUCUGCAAAAAGCCAACACAGCAGUACAGCUUGAUAACACGCAAAACUUCGAGGGGGCCAGGCAAUCCUAUGUCGACGCGUGCGAGCUUCUGCAGCAGGUGCUACUGAAAACGACUGCGAAUGAGGAUAAGAAGAAGCUCGAGGCCAUUCGAAAAACGUAUGCCGGACGUAUUGACGAGCUGGAUCGAAUGACCCCCUUGCAGGGAGCCAAGAACAAAGAGUUACCAGCUCCCCCCGGCUCUGCAGAUGCUCAAGUGAAUGGUGAAUCAGCGCAAGUUGACGUGGUGGAGGUGGAACCUUCGAAUCCCACUUUGCAUCAUGCCAAGGCUACAGGAACCCAGUAUAACAGGCAACGACAUGACCUGCAAAAUCACAGUGACAUCUCCAAGGCAACGCGCCUAGCGGCCGACCAACCGUCGUUACAUUCCACGUUUUCCCGACCGUCUCAAAAACCUCGGUCUCCGGAAGAUCGUUGGAACGACAGCAUUCUUCCACCACAGCCCUUGAUAUCCCGUCGUCCUUCAACGCCACAGAAGCCGCGACAUGAGCGUGUAGCUUCUGACGAGCGAGGGAAUAAUGACUCUAAUCACUCUGGGGCCUGGGCUGGCUCGCACGAUGGAACAUGCCACUUUCUGGACGGAAGUCAGAACUCUUGGCUAGAUCCCAUCGAUGAAUCAGAUGGUUCCAGCAACACCUCGCUUCAUUCACGCGCAUCUUCCGUGCUUGGCGGUGCCCAUGUUAGGUGUCUAAGUGGCGACACCGAGGCCGAUUUCGAAAAUGCGAUGGACGCUGCGAUUGAGGCUGCUUACGAUGAAGGAUAUGAACCCAUGGGCUCAGGCGAAUAUGAUGCGAAUAACGGGUCCGAGGAGAUGGUGAGCAACGCCUUGCGCAAGGUCCAGGAGGCUCCCGAAGGGGACGGUCAGACGGAACGUGAGGCUUAUGCCGGCGAGGAUGAACGGCAGCCGGGCAGUCAUCAGGAGUCUGGCUGCUUCUAUGACGACGAACUCUCCUCAGACGAAGAAGAGAGGAUACUGGAGGAGAUGACACGGGACUAUGGGGUCGAAGAUCUGAUGAGCGAAGAGCAGCUCAAGCCCGGCGUUCCCCCACGACCAGGAUCUCGUGCCCAGCAGGCACACACAGGAAAUGACGGGUCCGAGCGGAGGAUGGUACCAGAUAGCCGGUCGCUUGCUGCUACUGCAGACAGAUCCGUGGUGAAGCAGCCGCAACAACAACAUUUUAUUCCAAAGAGCCUCGGACCAUCCGUUCCUCCACCAAAACAGGCCUUGCCCGAUCUUCCUUUAACCCGGGCUCCCUCUGCCGCAAACACUGUGAGGAGUAGAUGCUUGUCGGGACAAAAUCCGAAGCAGCUCACAAUUCGGACCACCCAACUGGAAGAAACCGCAGCCGCGAGCCAUGAGGAGCCGACGCAAACAAAGGAUGUCCCGAAUGCCGAAACAGAGCUUGAUGAGGUUGUUGGAGAGCGACCGCAAACCAGCCGCUCGACGAGAAAACUUACGCAAUGCAGCAUCGAGCCUCCAGCUGCCGAAGAGGUAAUUUUGGGAUCGCCUCCGAGUCGUCGCGGCCAGCCAGACAUGGAGGACAGUAGCGCAGCUCGCACUGGCUCCCCAAAAAUUAGCAGGCUUCGCAAGAACUUUUCCACCUCCAGCUUGCGAAGCUUAAAAGGCCGAAACAUGUCCCUGUCCAAUCUGGAUGAUGCGUCAGACAUGUCACCGUUGACACCUUCAAGCAGCGGCCACUUUGGAGUUGCCAGGACGCAUGCAGUGCCGCCUGUACCCUUACCAGCAGUGGCCUCUCUCCGCGACCAGAUGGACGCCAUGAAUCCCGCGAGCUUGUACCUGCUUGGCGAUUACAUUCAUAUGCCUACAACUCCUGGCUCACCGAAUUCGGCAGCAGCGGAUUCCCCGGUGGCUCUGGAGCCAUGUCCCAACGACGUGAUGCUGCGGCCCUUUUGGCUGAUGCGAUGUCUUUACCAGACUCUGGCACACCCCCGCGGAGGCUAUCUCAGCACCAAGCUCUUCAUACCCCGCGAGGUCUGGAAAGUCAAGGCCGUCAAGCUGAAGAAUGUGGAAGACAAGGUGUCCAACUGCGAUCUGCUCACUGCGGCACUCCUUAAACUCGCCAAGGUCGACACGUGCGAUGCCGAUGCCGUACUGGAAGAAUUGCAGGCUUUGGAAGGCAUUCUGGAACAAGUUCAGAUUACGUUGACACGCAAGCUUGGGAAUGAGGUCGGGGUGCACGGCUCGGGCGUGCUCUUCAAGGAAGCAUCCAACGUGGUGGAAGGCGACGGGGCACCAGCCGUUCCUCGAACCGCCAGCGUGUCCGGGAAGUCGUCGUCUUUCUCGUGGAGGCGCUUGCGGUCGAAAAACUCCAACCUCGGGUUGGGAGGGGCUUACAACAGCAGGAUUGCUGGAGCAGAAGGCAGCCCAAGAGAAUCGGCGACCAUGCCAAGCCUGCCAAUGACACCACAACCGACCACGCGCCCUCCGAAAAGGGACAUUAGCCACGCCCAGUUUGUUGGACCCAACGCCCAUUAUAUGAGCUCGCUUGCUCGCUUGUUUGACGCAGUCCAAGCACUCGAUCAGAUUGCUCGACAAGUGGACGACCCUGGGCUGAGACACGCAGACAAAACACAAGUGGGCCUGGAGCUCUGCACUCGGCAUGUAUCAGAAUUCUUCGGCUUCUACAUUUGCCGAUUUGUCUUGUCGGACCUGAGUCUGCUUCUGGAUAAAUUCGUAAAGAGAGGGAGUGAGUGGGUGCUGACCUAG